AUGCACGUGGGCGUUGCAAAGAUGGCAAUUCAACAUGGUGUCUCCAUGGUUACUGCGUCGUACGUAAGUCCAGAGAUGGCUGCCCUUCAUGAAGCAGCUGAAAAAGCGGGCGUGCUUAUCCUGAAUGAGGUGGGUUUGGAUCCUGGUAUCGAUCACCUGAGUGCCAUGAGCAUGAUCGACACAGCCAGGAGCACUGGCAGUGAAAUCCUCCGCUUCGCCUCUCUUUGUGGUGGUUUGCCUUCGCCCGAAGCGGCUGGAUCCAAUCCCAUCGGCUACAAAUUCAGCUGGAGCCCGCGGGGUGUUUUGGUUGCCUCCCAGAAUUCAGCUCGCUUCAAGGAGAGUGCUUGA